AUGAAUUCGCAUACGGAGCUCAUGAGCGCUCUAGGACGAAUUGGCCGCAUCCUACCUUCGCAGAAGCCAGAGGCUAUCGCGGUACCUAGCCCUUUAGGUCAGAUAACGGAAACUACCGUGCGAUUAACCCCUGAUCAGCGCGUCUGCUUUUAUCCUGGAAAGCUCCAUGGGGGUGUUUCCGCUUUGCUGCUCGACCACAUGUUUGCAAACUGCUGCAAUCCUGCAGUAACAGCCCAGCUUAGUGUGAAAUAUUACCGGUCAAUUCCACCGGAAGUUCCCAUCACAAUUCGCGUUUGGCAGGCCAAAACCGACGGGCGGAAAAAAUACAUGAAGGGGUGCAUAUGUAUGCGAGAUGAGAGUACUGGCUCGAUGAUUAAUGCGGUUGAAGCAGAUGCCUUAUUUAUACAGCCUAAAUCAUAA